UCAUAACACUGCGAGCACACAAACACACACACACGCACACACAGUCAGCUGAAGGCAUCACAGCACAGACCAUGGCUGCUACACUGCUAGGGGAGGAGCCCCGUCUCGGCAGCACACCGCUGGCCAUGCUGGCUGCCACCUGCAGCAGGAUCGGUGACCCCAGCUCCUCGUGCUCCCCUGCUCUGUCUGAUGGAGCACCGGGACUUGUCAAGGGCUUCCACCCGUGGAGGGGAGGCGCCCCGGGCACCAACAGCCUGAGUACAUGCCUCACCUCGCUUGGUGUUCCCUCUAGUAACUGCAGGAGUACCGGGACUGGAUUGACGGAGGCCUCCAGCGCAUUCUCGGUGACCACUGCCAACUCUCCUUUCGGAAAUGAUUAUUCAAUGUACCAGAGCGCCGUGCCAUCAGAAAACAGUGUUCCAGAUCCCGCGCACACACAGCGGUCUGUGUUUCUGACCAAAUUCCCCUCCUCAGUGGACGGCAUAGCUGGGAUAUAUCCGAGGAUGCACGCACAUCCAUAUGAGUCUUGGUUCAAGCCCAUGGGAGAUGUCAGUAACGGGUCCACUCCUUGGUGGGACAUCGGAGCCAGCUGGAUGGACACACAGAGCCCGGCGGGGCUACCCUCACCUCUGAGCGGCUACAGCACUGACUACAACUCCGCUUUCAGUGCCGGUGCUUCUCAGCACCUUGUCCCUGCCGCACAACACCUGUUUGACGGCUUCAGGCCUCCUGUUCCGGCACCAUAUACAGAGUCUACGACGACCGCAACGCCUACGCUCACAGGAAAUCCCGUCGUCUCGCUGCCCGCAUCUUCCCGCUCCUCAUCGCGGCGCUACUCCGGCAGAGCCACCUGCGACUGUCCGAACUGCCAGGAGGCGGAGAGCCUGGGCCAGGGGGGCACGAGCGGGGAGAAACGAUUCGAAUGCUCCGUUUGCCAUAAGCGUUUCAUGCGCUCCGACCACCUCAGCAAGCACACGAGGACGCACAACGCGGAUGGCUCGGAGGAGGGCGGAGAAGCGGGACUCGUUAAAGGGAGCAGCGACACGGAUAACAGCCUGUCCGGUAGCCCGAGGCAGUCUCCGGGUCUACACAUGCGUGAGGCUGUCCAAAGCAUCAAGGGACAGAGUGCGGUGGAAUAAUUUACAAAGUUUACACACAUAAAGCAACACGUGGGCAUUUUGAUUACACUGAACCACCAUGUAUAUAGAGCGCGUUUUCUUGGACACUUAAAACGGAAAUGGCACUUUAUGAUGAACUUCAGCUGUGGAUGAACACUGUGUCCUUACCUCACGUUAUUUGUAGCCUUCUCUCAAAUAAAUUUUUACUCUACAGUU